GAAUCGAUAAAUGUUAAUUGGAAAGCAUGUUUGGGCUCAGUAAAAAUAGUUUGUUCGACGAUGAAGCACGUCUAGUCGGGGCCUUGAAGAUGGCCGCGCGCAGUCACCUAAUAUUUCUGGUUCUGACGAAAUAACUACGGCGUCACGAUUACCUCAUAUCUACCUAUUAUUAGACAACCACGCGAGCCGGCUUCCAUUUACGCCCUAGUAACCAACUAACUGUGCAACAAAUCGAACGCGUUCGCAUCAGUUAUGGCAAAACACACGCUUUUCACACUUACAUUCAUCGCGAUCAUCGUCGCCGGCAACUGUUACAGAAUCCUCGGUAUAUUCCCCUCCCUCGAUCGAAACAACUAUCUCACAUACCGAGGACUGUUCCGUGAGUUAGCCAAUCGAAACCAUGAAGUGACUCUCAUCAGCCAUUUCCAGCUACCAGAUGCACCAGCCUCCUAUAAAGAAGUAUUGUUAAGUGACAAACAAGUGUACAAGGGAUUAUCUUUCGAAUCAGUUGUAGUGAAUGAAAUAUCGCGGCUGCCGUUCGAGACGCUUGUCGCUACAAAAAGCGGCAACGACGACUGCAAAACGCUUAUGAACAACCAUCACGUCCUGCAUAUGAUAAGAACGCGACCUCGUUUCGACGUGAUUCUUGUGGAAUCGUAUAACAGUGACUGCGGCCUGGCAUUGGCCGCGAAUUUGAGUGCCCCAUAUAUCACGUUCAACCCUCAGCCGAUCCAGCCGUGGCAGUAUAACAGGCUAGGUAUCAGUUUCAACUCGGCGUACGUAACACAAGCCGGUCUGCCCUAUGGAAGAGAGCCUUGGUUUUUCGAGCGACUGAAGAGCUAUGUAUUGUAUCACAUAACUAAUUGGGUGUACUACGUCGGCUCCCAAGUGACGGAUCACGUGUAUUUGUACAAGUUCCUUGGGGAUGAACUGCCGACCUUGGAAAGUAUAGCGUCGAACGCAAGUCUAGUGUUUGUAAACACACAUCAGUCACUGUUUGGCGGUGUUGCGCGCCCAGAUAACGUUGUUGACAUUGGUGGAAUUCAUGUCAGACCACCGAAAAUUAUACCGACGGAAAUCGAGAGAUUCAUAAAUGAAGCGGAACAUGGGGUGAUUUACGUCAACUUAGGCUCAACGGUGAAAGACUCGACGUUGCCGCGAGAGAAAUUGAAUGAACUGUUGGCCACGUUCAGCAAAUUGCCGCUAAGAAUCUUAUGGAAAUGGGACGGAGGGAACGUGGAUUUCCCGAGGAAUGUCAUGACGAUGAGAUGGUUCCCGCAGUACGACAUAUUACGUCAUGACAACGUUAAAGCCUUCAUCUCACAUGCUGGAAUACUAAGUACAAUUGAAGCAGUAGACGCAGGUAUUCCAGUGGUAGCUAUACCACUCUUCGGAGACCAGUAUGGAAAUGCAGCAACUUUGGCCGAUGCUGGAAUGGCAACUAUAGUUUCAUACCAAGAUUUGAAGAAAGAAUUCCUAUUAGACGCAAUCAAUGAAGUUUUAGACCCAAGAAUGCAACGCAAAGCAAAAGUUAACUCCAGACUAUGGCAUGACCGUCCAAUGUCGCCGGUAGAAAGCGCCAUCUAUUGGACAGAGUACGUAGCCCGGUACCAAGGCGCCCCCAACUUACAGGCGACAUCUGUGAAACUGCCCUUAUACCAACAGCUACAACUUGAUGUGUUGGCUUUUGUAGCAUUAGUAGUCUACAUCCUAGGUUUUGUAGUUUACAAAAUAUUAUCCGCUUGCUGUUGUUGGUGUUGCCAUUCCGAACCAGAAAUUCAAACUAGGGUCGCUGAAGAGAGAAGGACUAAAAAAGUUAAAUUUUACUGAAGUAAUAAAAAUCGGGAAAAACUUUUUAGAGGUAUAAAAUGGUGCGAAAUGAAAUUAAAGAGAAUUUUCACUCGUGGUCAUGAAAUUCACAGAGCAUAAAACAUUUUGAAAAUGGCCAACACAGCCUUCUGUUAUGCUUAGUGAUGACUUAAGAAGAAUCUCGACUUGACUGUGUUCGAAGAGCGUAGUAUUAAGAAGCUUGUGACUUACUAUCAUAGAAGUGGGAAUAAUAUACUAUAUAUGAUUACCUUCUUAACUUCCUUACUUUGUUGUAUUUAUUUAUUGUUAGUUAACUUAAUAUAG